AUGCUCGCUAAAUUUGAACGAAAACUUCCUCUAGGCUAUUUAACAAGAUUCUUUUUUGGGACAUUUGGAGGAGUUGAUUUUCCAAGCUAUAUGCUAAAGAACUUUCGAGACAAUGCAAUUACAGAGCCCACACCAAUUCAGUCCCAAUGUUGGCCUAUAAUCAUGUCAGGAAAAGAUCUUAUUGGGAUUGCUCAGACUGGGUCUGGAAAAACCUUAGCAUUCACAGUUCCUGCAGUUCUUCAUACAAGAGAUAGAUCAACUGUAGGCUUUGAACAAUUUAAAGGUCCAUACGGUCUUAUUUUAGCUCCUACUAGAGAAUUAACAAUCCAAAUUGGGGAAGAGUACAAAAAAUUCAGCAGAGGAUCAGGAACAUCUAGCCUUUGUGUAUAUGGUGGAGCAAGCAGAUAUGUGCAAAGCAGAAAUUUAGAAAAAGAACUGCAUACAUUGAUUGCUACUCCAGGACGAUUAAUUGACUUUAUUGACUCAGGCUCUGUUAGUUUAGAACAUAUCUCUUAUUUUGUUCUUGAUGAAGCUGAUAGAAUGCUAGAUAUGGGCUUUGAAAAUCAGUUAAGAAAAAUUAUUUCAAAACUAAGUGAAAGGAGACAAACAUUAAUGUUUACUGCCACCUGACCAAAAGGAGUAGAAGCAUUAGCAAAUGAAUUUCUUAAAAGCCCAAGCAGAAUUACUAUUGGCUCGAAUAUUUUGUCUGCCAAUCCUGAUAUUAGCCAGAGAUUUAUAUUUAUUGAAGAGGAGGACCAAAAAAUCUUAAAACUCAAAGAAAUUUUAAAGCGGACCAUAGAUGAAGACUACAAGGUUUUAAUUUUUACAAAAACAAAAAUUGAAACAGAAAAUUUAGCAAAAACCUUAACCUUAAUGAAAUUCAGAGCCUUUGCAAUUCAUGGAGAUAUGGACCAAAAGCACAGAGACAGCUUAAUGAGGAAUUUUCGCUCAGGAAUCAUAAAAAUUUUAGUAGCUACUGAUGUUGCUCAGAGAGGAUUAGACAUCAAGGACAUUGAUUUGAUUAUAAAUUACAAUAUGCCGCUAGUUAUAAAUGACUAUAUACACAGAAUCGGGCGCACAGCUAGAGCUGGACAAAAAGGAAGCGCAAUUUCUUUUAUUACAGAGGAUGACUAUGAUUUAUCUAGAGACUUAAUUAAAGUCCUUGAAAAGGCAAACCAAUUAAUUCCAAAAGAGCUUCGAGAUAUGGCUAGCAAAACAAAAAAUGCAAGCACAGCAAAUUUGAGAUCUCUACAAAUAAAUCCUGAAGACAAAAAGGCUUCUGAAGAUAAAAAAACUAAUGAAAAUACAAUUAAAUCUGAAUUCAAGAAAACAAAUUAUAGAAAAGAAGGGAAAGAAAAUGGAGAAUUUCCUAGAAAAAGAGAGUAUACAAAAGGCAAAUCAAGCAGUUGAGAUAACAGAGAAAAGAUGUAUACAUCUAUUUCAUUUGGAGGAGAAAAGAAAACGAGAAAUAAUAAAUUUUUUGAAGACCGCGAUAAAAUGAGCUCAAGAAAUAAAAGUAAAGGCAAAACAAUUGCUUCAAUAAGAAAAAGAAAAAAUGAAGGAGGCAAUGAUAAACAAAACAAAACUGUCGAAUAA